GGCUAAUGGAGGCAACUUAGACAGGAGAAGGCGCGGCCCCUCGUCUCUCAGCGCUGCCUGCUCGGCUCCCUCCCGCACCGGGCACGGCGCUCCCCGCCAAGCCGCCGCCCGAGCGCUGCCGGGCCCGCGGGACUGCCUGGCCCCUUGCGCUGCCCCGAUGAUGUUACCAAGCCCUGUGACCUCCACCCCCUUCUCUGUCAAAGACAUCCUCAACCUGGAGCAGCAGCAGGACCCGCACUAUGGGGCCCAGCUCCCGCACCACCUGGAGCACCACUUCCACCCGGCCGCCUGCCUGCUGGCGGCUGCCGACGGCGCCCGUUUUUCGGACGGCGAGGAGGAAGAGGAGGAGGAGAAGCUGUCCUACCUGAGCCCCAUGGCAGCGCCCAGCAGCCAGGCGGACGCCCGGAUCUCCGCCGACACCUACGUGCACGCCGUGCUGCGCGGCUCCUGCGAAGCCCCCGGCCCGGGAGAGGAGUUGGACCCCGCGGCCCGCGACCCAAAAAGCUGCGUCCUGAAGAAGCCGCUGGAUGCGACGGAGAAGGCGGAGGAGGUGGAGAGGCCGAAGCAGCGGAGCCGAAGGAAGCCGCGCGUCCUCUUCUCCCAGGCGCAAGUCUUCGAGCUGGAGCGGCGGUUCAAGCAGCAGCGUUACCUGUCGGCGCCCGAGCGGGAGCACCUGGCCAGCAGCCUCAAGCUCACUUCCACGCAGGUGAAGAUCUGGUUCCAGAACCGGCGCUACAAGUGCAAGCGGCAGCGGCAGGACAAGUCGCUGGAGCUGGGCGGCCCCGCAGCCCCGCCGCCGCCGCCGCGCAGGGUGGCCGUGCCCGUGCUGGUCCGCGACGGCAAGCCGUGCCUCGGGGGUUCGCAGGGCUACAGCUCGGCGUACAACGGGCCCUACUCCUACAACGGCUUCCCAGCCUACGGCUACGGCAACGCCGCCUCCUACAACCCCGGCUACGGCUGCACCUACCCGGCGGGCACCGGCGGCGCCUCCAUGCAAGCCGCCUGCAGUCCGGCGGCGGCCGCCGGCCCCUUCGUGAACGUGGGCGGCCUGGGGGGCUUCGGCGGCGGCAGCCAGCCGCUGCACCAGGCGGCGGCAGGGCCCUCCUGCAGCCAGGGCGCACUGCAGGGCAUCCGGGCCUGGUAGCCCGCACGCACUGAGGGCCGGGAGCAGACCGGCAGGACGGCCCGGCGGCUCCGGGGUUCCGUGAUCACCCGCACCGCAGCCCG